AUGUCAAAAGCAUUUGAAAAAUAUUCGAAUACUUUACAAAGAUUUUAUAAUUGGAAUGAACCAGAAGUGUAUUUAGAAUUAGGGGAAAUAUCUUCUUUAUAUGCAAGUAUUCCUAUUGAUUUUGUUAAAAUUUUGAAUGAAAUUGCUAGUGAAGGAAAUCCUUUAAUUAACGAAAAAACAAAAAUAUUAAUAUUGGGAAAUGAAAUAUUAAAAGAAUAUCGUUUAAUAAUUGAGUGGGCAGGAAAUGAAGAUGGAGGAAAUGUUUUGUCUGAUUAUUUGGAUUGGGCAUUAAUUUGGAGAAUUUUAUUUGAAUUAGAUUUUAGAUUUUCGAAUUUAUUAAAUUCUUACAAAAAAGAUGAAAUUGGGUGUGUGAGGAAUUUUGUUAGGAUUUAUUUUAAACAUUGGCUUGAUAAAUUAUAUGUAGAGAAGUUUGUUGAUAAAAAGGUUGUUGGACAAAUUGAAAAUAUUUUUAGGUAA